AAGAGAAUGAGAACAUGUCCCAUCUUAUCCCAACCCACUACAUUAGAGCUGCAUUAGUUUAGUAGUGAAUCUGUAAAAAGCAACACAAUGCAGAAGAAUGUUCUAUGAAUCAGCCAAAUUUAUAAAGAGUUUUAACUUUUAUGGCUGUAUCGUUUACUCCAGGCAGGCUACACAAGCAUGCCUAAUAACAAUGAAUCAGUAACAUGACGCUCACCGGAAACGGUUCUGAGAGCUCAGCUAUGACGUAACAAAGUCGUUGCUUCUUACUUAUAACGUAAUAAUAUCAACAGGUUUAGUGUUUUUAAUUUAUUCUGUUUUGGAUCAAGUUUACAAGAUGGAGAACCACAAGGAAAGUGCAUCCACUGGUUGGAAAGUAAAAGCAUCACAAACAUCAAACAACACGUUCAACCCAAUACGAGCCAUCGUUGACGGGAUGGUGAUCACACCAAACUCCGACAAAGAGAUGAUCGCUUUAUCAUUGGGUGACCCCACCGUGUUCGGGAACUUCCCCCCACCCGAUACCGCAGUACAAGGGUUACUAGACGCCGUUACAAGUGGGAAGUACAACGGGUACGGACCUUCGUAUGGCCACGUUGAAGCAAGGGCGGCAGUGGCGAAUCAUGUGACUACGGAUGGGGCAGUUGUGGAUAAAGGGGACGUUUACCUUAGCUGUGGUUGCUCCGAUGCGUUAAACAUGGCGAUCACUGUACUAGCUGACCGAGGUGACAACAUACUUGUACCAUGCCCCGGGUUCUCGUUGUAUAAAACACUCUCCAUAUCACAAGGAAUCGACGUCAAACUUUAUAAAUGCAAGCCGGAAAAAUGUUGGGAGACGGAUCUUGAUCACAUGGCAAGUUUGAUUGACAGCCGAACAAAGGCGAUUGUUGUCGUGAAUCCGUCCAAUCCGUGUGGAUCGAAUUUUAGCAGACAACACAUCUGUGACAUCAUAAAAGUGGCGGAGGAAUACCGAAUCCCGAUCAUCGCGGAUGAAAUUUACGCGGAUAUCGUGUUUAAGAACGAACGGUUCGUGUCUUGCGCCUCAAUGUCUGCUAACGUGCCAAUACUUUCAUGUGGGGGCAUUGCUAAGAAGUUUCUUGUGCCAGGUUGGAGGUUGGGGUGGGUUGUGGUUCAUGAUAGGCAUGGGAUAUUUGGAACUGAGAUAAGAAUGGGGUUGGUGAAACUAAGCCAACGUAUCCUUGGCCCGUGUACAUUAAUACAAGGUGCCCUACCUGCUAUACUAUCAACACCCAAGUCAUUUCAUCUGGAAACGAUAAGAAAACUUGAAGAAAAUGCUGAUUAUUUAUUUAACCAAAUAAAUGGACUGCCGGGUCUUAAUCCAAUCAAACCAACAGCUGCCAUGUAUAUGAUGGUUGGGUUUGAUAAACAACAUUAUCCAGAAUUUAAAGACGACGUCGCUUUCACUGAGCGCCUCAUAUCCGAACAAAGUGUAUUUUGUCUACCUGCCAAAUGCUUUGAGUACCCGAACUACUUUCGCGUUGUCCUGUCGGUUCCAAGGAACAAAACAGAAGAAGCUUGCGCGAGAUUAAAAAAGUUUUGUGACAUGCACUAUCACCCAUGACUUUAUUAACUUCUUACGCAAAAUGUUAUUUUAACUUAUGAUGCCAUAAUUAGUAGUAUUGUCUUGAAAGUGAUGUCAUGACCUAAUUUGUGAUGUCAUAAGUGAAUGAUAAAUCAUGACAUAAUUAUAAUUUCAGCUGUUUAAAAAUUAUUAAAAUAUAAAACCGUACUUUUAGAAUCUUAUUCUUUUUACAACUUUUUAUACAAGAGCUGAAAAAGACAAAACCUUCAUACUAAUUACCACCAAGUUACACUGCAACCAUAGUACUAUGUAUGUUAUAAGUUUCAUGUUUAUUAUAUUUGUUUAUAACAAUUUCCUUUAUUACAUCACUAUGCUAUACACAAUAAGCUGUGUUAAUGUUCCAGAAUAAUUUUGAAAUUAUAAUUUGUUGUGCACUGUGAAUAAUUUGUGCAAAAUUGUAUUUGCAGCUUGAAAUUAAUAAAACACAUAUUGUGAACUGUGGAAAACA